AUGGCGCCUAUCUCUGACGAUACAAAAAAUUUGAACGAACGCAAUGUAUACUUCGGGGCAGAUUCGCUGAAGAAAUACUUUGAUCCUGAUUGUCAACCCCCACUCCCUCUGGUAGAACUACCUGAAUAUCUCAACCCUUACUACCAUGAUGGGGUGAGGAUCUAUGCCAAGAUGAUGACGAUGCACCCGGCGAAUAACGUGAAAGCCAUGCCAGCUUUGAAUCUUCUCGAGUCAAGUGUGGUUCCACAAAAGACCAACAGAAUCAUCGAGUACAGCUCCGGUUCCACGGUGAUUUCCAUGUCGAUGGUUGCCCGAGUCAUGCACGGGAUCAACGAUACUCGCGCGUUCUUGAGUAACAAGACGAGUGACGCAAAGCUGAAGCUUAUGCAAUUUUUCGGCCUAGAUAUCACCUUAUUUGGCGGUCCCUCUCAGCCGGAGCCCCUUGAUGAGCGUGGGGGUAUCCAAAAUGCUCGCAGACAAGCACAAGAAUCCGAGUCUAUCAUCAACCCUAACCAAUACGAAAACGACAAGAAUUGGCAGUCACAUAUCAGAUGGACAGGACCCCAAAUCUAUAAGCAGCUGCCCGAGAUCAACGUUCUCUGCGCCGGCAUGGGAACCUCAGGAACCCUUACCGGGCUCGGGACAUACUUCAAACAAGUCAAGCCUUCUGUCUACAGGCUCGGCGUCUGCACGGCAGCGGGAGACAGAGUGCCUGGCCCUCGAUCUUUUGCUCUGAUGCGCCCCGUUGAAUUUCCUUGGAAAGAUGCAGUCGAUACCAUCGAAGAAGUGGGCUCCACCGAUUCAUAUACUUGGUCUCUCAAGUUGUGCCGAGAGGGUCUCGUGUGCGGUCCAUCUUCAGGAUUCAACUUGCAGGGCUUGUUCCAGAUGCUGGAGAAGCGCAAGGCUGCGGGCACCUUGUCUGAGCUAGCCGGCCCUGAUGGCUUGAUCCAUUCCGUCUUCUUGUGCUGCGAUCUCCCAUACCAGUACAUUGGCGAGUACUUCGAGAAGCUGAACGCCGAGCAGUUCCCUCCCAUCCGGAACGAGUAUCUCACGAAAGUCGACCUCUACCGCUACGAUGAAGCCUGGGAACGUGAUGCUAUCGACGUCCUCCCCACCGUCUACACCUCAACUGGACCCCUUUCCACCACACCCCUCCAAGACAUCGCCCUGAAACCCAACCACCUGGUCCUCGACCUCCGACGCCCCGAAGACUUCUCAUCCUGGCACCUCCCCUCUUCCACCAACCUGCCCCUCUCCAGCACCGGCCCGCACACCCCCUCGCCGUUCUCAGACCCCACCAUCCUGGAAGCGCAGUGGAGAGAGCUGGAAAAGCUCUUCAGCGAGCCACAGCUCCUAGCUGACCUGCAGCCGCACCACGUCCUGCUCGUGUGCUACAACGGGGACUCGGCGCGCGUGGCAACAAGCGUGCUGCGGGCGAAGGGCCUCGAAGCGGAUAGCGUGCGUGGCGGGCUCCACGCGCUGCGGGCCUACGAGGCGGGGCUUGGGAAUGGGGUUGUGGGGAUGUCAGAGUCCGUGUCGAAGCCAAUUGCGGCGACGGUCUCUGUUGCAGCGGUGCCCCUUGACUGA